AUGAGCGAACAGUCCCUUGUGAACUUGGACGCCGUGGCGUCGCGUUUCUGGAAGUUCUGGAGCGGCCCGCAGUGCCUGGUCGAGUCCCUGGUUGCAAUUAUUUGCAUACCAGCGUUGAUUCUUCCGGUGAUCAACUGGGGCCUGUACGACGCAGACCCGACCACACAGAUGGUGAUGUACGCUGUGUUGGUCUUCUUCGUGAACAUGUUUUGUUCACGAGAGCCGGUCUUUAAGUUCUUGGCGAUCCUGAACCUCUUCCUGAUGUAUGUUCCUUGGGGAGUACUUGUGUACGAACCUUGGGACAUCCAGUGGGACGAACGACCGUACGGUUGGGAUGGUUGUUUUGACGACAUCCUCCGAUUAUGGUUCUUCGUGAGCUAUCCUGCUCUGGUCUGGAUCACUAUUGAUGUACUAAAGACCAUCAACCUCACCCUCACCCUCGCUGUCGCCAUGUUCCGAAAGGGAAUAGUCACCGGCUUGCGCCAUGUCUUUCCCGAACUACAGCAACAGCCCUCCGAUUCGAAUGAGAAAGCCGGAGACGACGCCUCGGAAUCGAGCUCUGACUUGCAGUGUGCCGACGCCGCUGUCAAGGACAACUCCUUCGAUACUGAUUCCUUGGUUUGUCGAUCACCCUCCGACUUGAAGGAAGAGCAGUGCGCUACGGCCACUGUCUCUCAGGAUCCUGCUGGUCAGGACCGCCGACCUCCUUCGCCUCAUCAAUCGCCUCCUCGUCACACACCUUCUACCUUCCGAUCCUCUUCUCCCUCCCGACCGUCUUCUCCCCGACGAUCAAUUACCCCUGCGACGCUUGACCUCAGUCACCUUCGCAAGAGGAAGCAUAUACCGAUUAAUGGUAUGCAGGAAGAGAUGGCGAAGCUCAAAGCUUCCAUUGACGGCAUGACUAGUUAUGUCAAGACCGCAGUUGGAAAAUUGGGCGAGCAGAUCUCAUCGCUUGAGUCUAGAGUAGACGAGAUUCCUCGUCGAAAUGACGAGCAACUCGCUGACGCCGAAUUCAAGGUGAAGCAGUUGCAGCAAGUGGUGGAAGAUCUCCGUUGCCAGAUGGACAAGCCAGUCAGGGAACUGAAGGAAAGGAACUUGCGUUUGGAGCGCCAAGUCCUUGAUCUCACGACCCAGAAGCGGAUUCUCGAAGCAAAAAGCGAGCAGUAUGCUACGCAGGCGCAGAGAGAAAUCGCGGCACUGUCCAGGCGACGAGAAGAAACGACGAGUGCCUCACCGAGGGCUCAUGCUGCGCUUCAGGAGCCAGUACGCCCGGAGGAGGCAGCUCUGAUUAUCGAAACGGAACCAGUCUGCACAGCAGAGGAAGUUCCCCUAGAAACGGAGCCCGUUCUGAUGAUGGAAACACCAUCACAGAUCGUAGAGGAACAACAGAAGACGGACAUCACCGCAGUUGUUCCUGGAACAGGGGCAGAGGAACCUCGUUGGCCGAUGAUCGACGAGGUGCUAAGUCGCCUGGAUCGGGAAGAGGACGAGCUUUUGCUCGCGUCUCAACCUGUGACAGCGAUGGCCACCGUGGAAGAACCCAUUCCCGCAAGUACUCCCCAGCUGAAGGCUGUUGCUAGUCCUAGCCAGCCUGAAGCCAUUGAGCUCCAAUCUGGAGUGGGUGAGAUCACUUUGGGAACGGAGUCGACUAUGGUGUCCCUGCCCCAGGAGCAGAACGAAAGCCGGGCCCACGACGCUCCCCAGCGGGAGGUCGUUCUCGAAUCCGACCAGAUGAGCUUCACGUAUGAGGAAGACAUCGAAAUGGCCGAGAUUCCCGAAGUGGCUAAUGUGCUUACGAACAUACCAAUCCGUGACUCUACUCCUUCGCCAGCGGUUUCGGAAGCUGACCCCAUGUUGGAGGAUACAGCUUCCAUUCAUACCCACGAGAGUAUCGAGUGGGAAGAAACCCUACUGGCAGGAGACCAGAGCACGCAUGUGGAAAGGUCCAUCGGAUAUGGCGACGAGGAUAUCGAGCUUACAGACCGUCCUGAUGACACUGUGGAAGGCCCAUUCUCGAAUGGAUCACCUAACACGGAGAUGACGGAUGCGUUUGUGCUCCCUCAAGCCGUUCCGAACUCGUUCAUGCUCCACCAAGCAUUCUUGGACUCGUUUGCGCACACUCAGGUUACUCGGGCCUCGAAUGAGGAGAUACCAGUACCAGAGACAGUGAUGCAAGAUCUGGACGCCAUCCUAGAGGAAUCUGAUCCUGAGCUGGAGGACGGCUUUAGCUGCCCACCAGGGACGGAGCAAGAGACCGCAGUUCCAGAACCUGUCCUUGAAGACUUGGUUUUGAAGAUUGAAACGAACCCAGAGACCGAAGCCAUAGAAGCCCCUGUUGACGCUGGUCCUCAGCAGGUGGUGGACAGUGCCGAGGUUGAGGAGUUGAGCUUUCAAAGCUUCAAUGUUCCAACCUUUAGUGAACCGGGCGUGAUGGCCCCAGUUCACGCCGACGAACUCGACCCGCUCGACAUCCUGGAGGAGGACCUGCAAAUUCAGUUCGAGGAACUCGAGAAGCGCGAGCUUCUCCCCUCUGCAGCUCCAGACGAUGACGCGGGCGAGCCUGAUCUGUCGGCAACCCUAGAGAGGGACCAGCAGCUGCGUGAGGAUUACGAGAAGCUACAGCUUCUCGCCGCCGCAGUCGCAGGCGACCCUGACAACGAAUUGGACGAGGAGGCUCAACUUGAGCGCGACCUGUACGAGGAGUUCGACAGGAUCGAGCAGGAAGGAUUUAUCCUCCCCGCCGUUCCGACCGUUCCGACCGUCGCGGCCGCUCUUGGAACAGCACCCGUUCCAUCGUUAUUUAGCCAGUUCGCGGAUUUAGGCAGCGCGACGUUUUCUUUUGGAGAGUCAACAGAGCCUGCGAACCCUGCAACUGCGUUUUCCGGGGCCGAUACCACGGGAGCUUCGGCGACCAGACUGGUAGCCCAGGUGGCAGAAUCAACUAGCCGACCCAAGGCAGUCGGUUCUGCCUACUUCGACGACGAGAAUGCGCCUCUGUCUCACGGCAAGCACAUCUCUCUACCGGAGGAGCCGAGAGUCGCCACGGCGGAGGAGAUGGCUCGUCGAAAGACGAGCCAGCUGCCGCGGCGCUCUCAGAAGUGA